UCGAUUGAAGGACUCUUAAAAGAAAGAAAGAAAUCUCCCCGUCUCUAAUUGAGAGAAACGAAAAGAGAUUUUAGAUCAUGUUAAAUUGGAUUCUUUUUUGGUCUGUAAGCACCCUCCCUCUCGCCAUAGUUCUUUUAUUUGCUUCACAAAUUCUCAACUGCCGUAGACACAAGAAAACAGCCGUUGGAUUCUUCCACCCCUACACCAACGAUGGUGGCGGCGGAGAGAGAGUCCUUUGGUGCGCCGUCAAAGCCAUCCAAGAGCAGAAUCCAGAUCUCGAUUCCGUUAUCUUCUCUGGAGAUCACGAUGCCUCCUCUCAAUCCUUAAUGUCACGGGCCACCGAUCGCUUUGGCGUUCACCUCUUUUAUCCCCCUAAAGUGGUGCAUUUGAAUAAAAGAAAAUGGAUUGAAGAAACAACGUACCCACAUUUCACAAUGAUUGGUCAAAGCUUGGGAUCAGUUUAUUUAUCUUGGGAAGCCUUAAGCAAGUUUACACCUUUGUAUUAUUUUGAUACGAGUGGAUACGCUUUUACAUACCCAAUUGCACGUUUAUUUGGGUGCAAAGUUAUCUGUUAUACACAUUAUCCUACUAUCAGUCUAGACAUGAUUUCCCGGGUUCGUCAACGAAGCUCUAUGUACAAUAAUGAUGCCUUAAUAGCUAGAAGCACGUGGCUAUCCUGGUGCAAAAUUAUCUAUUAUACAGUUUUUAGCAGGAUGUAUGGAAUGGUGGGCUCUUGUGCCCAUCUUGUAAUGGUCAACUCUUCAUGGACUCAAUCUCACAUCGAGAAGCUUUGGGGAAUUCCUAAGCGUACUAAGAGGGUUUAUCCACCUUGUGAUACUUCAGGACUUCAGACACUUCCUUUAGAAAGACCGGUGGAAACUCCAAAAAUUAUAUCUGUUGCACAAUUUCGUCCAGAGAAGGCACAUGGUCUUCAACUCGAGGCCUUCUCUGUCGCCAUAAAAAAACUAGAUGCAGACUUUCCAAGACCUAAGCUGCAGUUUGUAGGUAGUUGCCGGAAUCAAUCAGAUGAGGAAAGACUUCAGAAUCUGAAAGACAAAGCAGUGCAAUUGAACAUUCAGGACAAUGUGGAAUUCCAUAAAAAUGUGAUGUAUAGGGACUUGGUAAGACUUUUGGGGGGUGCUGUUGCCGGAAUCCACUCGAUGAUAGACGAGCAUUUUGGCAUUAGUGUUGUAGAGUACAUGGGUGCAGGGGCCAUACCAAUUGCUCAUAAUUCUGCCGGCCCCAGAAUGGACAUUGUUUUAGAUGAAGAUGGACAACAAACAGGAUUUCUUGCUGAAAAUAUAGAAGAGUAUGCAGAUGCAAUCCUGAAAAUUGUAAAGAUGCCCAAGCCUGAAAGACUAAAGAUAGCUGCAGCAGCAAGGCGAAGAUCUAGUAUAUUUUCCGAGCAGAGAUUUUACGAUGAUCUAAAAGCCGCAAUCCGACCUGUUGUAUGUCAUUCUUCCUAGUGAUAUGGGACUGCAUUAAACUCACGCCGACUUAGAAAACAGUUAUAGUUUUUACCUUGUCUUGUUUAUUGGGUUUCUUUACCCUUACAAAAUAGGUAUACUGUUAGUUUUGAUUUAAACACGUAGUUGAAGGAAUGCCAGAUUUUAAGUGACAAUUGAGAAGUGGCUUUAAAAUAUCUAUUUUAUUCUAUUUCAUUUCAAGUUGAUCAUA